CAUGAUAGAUGGAAUUUUGAUAUAAAAAGUGAAAACAAUCGUGUAUUUACUAUUAUUUGAAAUUUAGAAACAUUUAUAAAAACAUGACAACAAAAAUUAAUUUUUUCCUUUGUGCUCUAUUAUUGGCAGGGAAUGUAUUUACAAAAGAAAUUGAGAUGGAAAUCGAUGAACAAAAAAUAUCAUCAAAUACAGAGGGAAAAUUUACAAAUAUUAUUGACAAUGUCAAUAAUGAAUUAACAGAAGUUGUGAAUUAUUUUAAUAAAAUUGAAAAAAUAUUAGAAAACAAAAAUUAUAAUAUUAAAAUAGCUGCUCAAAAUUUCAAGCAAAAUUUGUCUAAUCGUACUAUUGCUAAACGAAUUGAAGUUAAUCGCUACAUUCAAUUGGCAAACAAAUACAAUAUAAAAGAAUGCAAUGAUAUUGAAUAUAAUUUUAACGAAAUCGUUCUCAAAGCACGCAGUGAAUUAUCAACUUGUAUCAAUUAUAAAUUAAAGAAUAUUAAUUAUUAUAUGACAAAAAUUAAAAAUAACUAUAACAAUGCUGUAAAAUAUUUGACAAAUUUAAAAAAUACAGCUGAAAAUUGUUUAAAAUAUAACAAUAAAUUUACAUCAUCUAAAAAUGCAUUAGCUUGUUCUAAUAUGGUGGCUGAUAAUGAAAUUGUGGCAGCAAAAGAAAUUGUUAAAAAUUUACAUGUGCGUUUAGAAAAUUUUAAAUUGAAUUUUAAUCGGUUUUUUACAAAAUUGAUAUUAUGCACUGCAGGUGAAGGCGUAUUGAAACUUGAAGACGAUUCUAACAAUGUCAUUGAUAAAAUUGACGAGUGCAUAAAAAUUAAUAAAAAAAAUCAAAUGAAAUGAGAAAUAAUUAAUUAAAUGUAAUUUUAAAAUAAUAUUAAUAAUAAUGAUAAUAAUAAUAAUAAUAAUAAUUUUAAAACCAAACUGAAGAUUAUUAAAAAUAUGAUGUAAUUAAUGUUCGUAUUGCAAUAUAAUUGUCUAUUAUUGUCAUAUGUCAAA